AUGCUCUCGACUGCUGAUCGUCUCCAUGCUCGCGGCACUCAUGCCUCCGUCACUGAACUCGUCGGCCAAACACCCCUCGUCAAACUCCAGAAGAUCCCACAAUCCCUCGGCAUCGAAGCGACUGUGUACGCAAAAUGUGAAUUCUUCAAUGCGGGCGGAAGCGUCAAGGACCGUAUUGCUCUGCGGAUGAUCGAAGAAGCGGAGAAAUCAGGCCGCAUAAAGCCUGGAGAUACGUUGAUUGAGCCAACCAGCGGGAAUACUGGCAUAGGCCUUGCUUUGGUAGCCGCAGUUAAGGGGUACCGAACCAUCAUCACUCUGCCCGAAAAGAUGUCUGCUGAAAAAGUCGUGGUGUUAAAAGCUUUGAAUGCCACCAUCAUCCGAACUCCCACUCAAGCGGCUUUUGAUAGUCCAGAAUCCCACAUCGGUGUUGCAAAACGAUUAGAAAAAGAGGUACCCAAUGCGCAUAUCCUCGACCAAUACGUCAACCCUGAUAAUCCACUCGCACACGAACUUGGGACGGCCGAAGAGGUUUGGGAACAAACGAAUGGAACCAUCACAGCCAUCGUUGCAGGAGCUGGAACGGGAGGAACAAUUACAGGACUAGCGCGAGGCCUACACAAACACAACAAGGAUAUCAAGAUCAUUGCAGCAGAUCCUCAGGGAUCGAUCCUGGCCCUCCCAUCAACGCUGAACGACGAGUUCGCCAACCAACCGUACAAAGUUGAAGGCAUCGGAUAUGACUUCAUCCCAGAUGUUCUGGACCAGAAAGUCGUGGAUAAAUGGUACAAGACGAACGAUGCUGAAUCAUUUCACUAUGCUCGUCGACUGAUCGCAGAGGAGGGCUUAUUGGUAGGAGGGAGUAGCGGUUCCGCCAUCUCAGCAAUGGUCUCUGCGGCCAGAGACCUCAACCUUGGUAAGGACGACGUUAUCGUGACAAUCCUCCCCGACAGCAUUCGUUCGUACCUGAGCAAAUUUGCCGACGACGACUGGCUGGCAGCAAAUGACCUCCUCCCACCAAGAUCUCCUCCCGAAUCACUGUCUCCUCAACUUACAAGAAGAGAGAGUAUCAAGCCAAACGACCCAUUUCAUGGUGCACGAGUCCGCUCAUUACGCCUCAAACCAGUCCAAACUGUCACAUCUGACUCCACGUGUGCCUCCGCCAUUGAGAUGAUGCGCGAGAGAGGUUUCGAUCAACUUCCCGUCCUGGCCCCCAAGGGUCGACGCCUUGUCGGCCUGGUGACUCUUGGUAAUUUGCUCUCACGAAUCAGCCAUGGUCGUGCCACUGGUAAAUCUCCUGUUUCGGACGUUAUGUUUGACUUUAGCAAAAUCAGCGAAGUGACAGUCGAUCCGCGAGAUUUUGGUGACCUGUCUUCUAGUGAAAUGAUCGGCAAAACCAAGGGCCACGAGAAUCAGUCGCAGAAUAAGAGAAAAUUUGUCGAAAUCACCAUGGAUACGCCCCUCAGCGCCUUGAAUAAAUUCUUUGAGUGGCAGAGUGCCGCCAUUGUCACCGAGCGGGAUUUGAGUGAGAGUUCAGCGAGCGGGAAAGGAGGCGCGUUGAAGCCGGUGGCAGUCGUCACCAAAGUGGACUUGCUCACGUGGAUGUUGAGUGAACAUAGAUGGCAUUAA